AUGGAAGCCUUAGACUCGAGCCCAGCCCCUCCAGGGACGGCGUUUAGAAUCUACAAGACCAUCUCUAAUAGGCAUCAAUAUUACCUGGAUAAAGCCACGCCCCACAUGACCAUCAGAUGGGUCUCUGCAGUACUCCUGGCCGCUGCUUACGGUGUCCGUGUAUUCUUCCUACAAGGCUGGUAUAUAGUCACGUAUGCUCUAGGAAUUUAUCUCUUGAACCUGUUUAUAGCCUUCUUGACCCCAAAAAUUGAUCCUGCAGGAUUUGAGGAUUCAGAUGCUGAUGACGGGCCGUCGUUACCCACGAAAAACAGCGAAGAGUUCCGGCCCUUCAUGCGGCGGUUACCUGAGUUUAAGUUUUGGUACUCAUUCACAAAAGCUAUUGCAAUUGCAAUGAUUUGUACUUUCUUCGAUGCCCUCAACAUCCCAGUUUUCUGGCCGAUUCUCGUCAUGUAUUUCUUUAUCCUCUUUACUCUAACCAUGAAGAGGCAGAUCAAGCACAUGAUCAAGUACAGAUACCUGCCAUUCUCCCAUGGCAAGACCAAGUACAGGGGCAAAGAAGACACCGGCAAAGUUGUCUCAUCCUAG